GUUCAAACUUAUUGACACAAAUCGAAUCGGGUUUUAGGAGGGUUUUGCGAAUUCGGCCAGCAAUGCGCAAAUUUCUACAACUAAAACCCUUGAUUUCCAGUAAAACCCUGUGGAGGGCUUCAAUCCCUACCACAAAUCUGCUUUCUCUGAUCCAAAAACACUUCCUUCAAACCGAGGCAAUCCCUUCUUCUGCUACAGAAGCGCCCGCUUUGGGAUCCGCACCUUCACUCCCCAGACGCCUCCAAACACCCCAAACCAACUCCCCAAACUCCUCUUCCGUCCUCAACUGUUUGAAAUUCCAUGGAUUCGAUGAUACCCAAAUGGCCGAACUGGUUAAGAAACGCCCUGACAUCCUCAAUUGCAAAGUUCACACGAAGCUCGAGCCCAAGCUUCGAUAUCUCAUUCAAAAGGGUUUUACCGGUUUUGCAGUCAAUGAAGCUGAUCAAAGAGGACAAGAAGAUUGUUUGGGCAAUAGUAUUGUCUGAAAAGAAAUUUUUGGAGGAAUAUAUUACUAAGCAUAUGGACAAAGUUCCAGAUUUGUUGGAUGUGUACCAUCGUGCUGUUAAGCAAAGGAAAACAAUCAGGGGCAAAAGAGAAAAUUUUGAUCCCAAAUCCACAAGUUUGGCUCUGUAAUUCAGAAACUACCUAGGUAUUCCUUUUGACUUGUUCCUAAUGUAUUGCGGCGCUGUCAGUUUGAUCUUGUGAAUUCAUCUUUGUCGCCAUUGUCUUUUUCUUUGUUUUGAUAUUGGUUUACUUAAGGUCAUGGUUCUUUUGUUGUUUAUGUAAUCACUAAUCAGUGGGUCUCCAAGCAACUCUUUGAUUUAUUUUUAAAUUUUAACUCUUGCUUUUACUGGAA